AUGCAACGGCUGUUGUCGGUGACGCUUAUCUCGCUCGCCAUUGUGGCAGCCGAACCUCACAUCGCCCACAGACUAAGCCCAGCAACCCCGCAAGGUCGCCUAGUGGGUGGUCGCGAGGCACCGAUCGAGCGCUAUCCCCACCAAGUGCUGCUGGAAGCACGUGGCCAAGGAUUCUGCGGUGGCAGUAUAAUAUCGAAGCGUCACGUGCUCACGGCUGCCCAUUGUCUCGUGUAUCCCGCCGAAUGGGUGCACGUGCGCGCCGGCACUGCCAAUCGAAGCCUCGGCGGCAGCGUUCACCGAGUCGUCAGGUGGUUCGAGCACGAGCAGUACGAAGUCGACGAGCGCGGCGUUCCGAGCAACGACAUCGCCGUUUUCGAGGUGUGUGGACCAUUUAGCAUCGACGGCUCGCGCAAGCCGAUAGCCCUGUUCUCGGCCAACGAGACGUCGAGCGUUGGCUCGCCGGCCACCAUCACAGGCUGGGGAAGUCUGCUGAGCGAAUUUGGCCGCGUAUCUCAAGCAUUGCGAGCAGCUACGAUUCCAUUGAUCGACGUGAACGUCUGUCGGGAAGCUUACAAGACCUUCGGUGGUUUACCCGAGGGUCAGAUCUGCGCUGCUUAUUACGGUGAGAGCAGCAGGGACGCUUGCCAAGGCGAUUCCGGUGGCCCGUUGGUUAUUGGCGGCAGACAAGCUGGCAUCGUGAGCUGGGGCAAUGGUUGCGCCAAGCAAGGUUACCCGGGAGUUUAUACCGAAGUUGCUCGGUACAGGGACUGGAUCGAGUCGAAAAUUGGAAGACUCGAUAGUUUGAUUUAAAGCAAG